GCUCGCCUUCCGGACAGCGCGGCGCGCGCGGCCACAAUGGCGGCCGCGGUGACGGUGACGGUGGAGCCCGCGGGCCGCAGCUGCUGGGACGAGCCCGUGCGCAUCGUGGUGCGCGGCCUGGCGCCGGGGCAGCCGGUCACGCUGCGGGCGUCCCUGCGCGACGAGAAGGGCGCGCGCUUCCGGGCCCACGCGCGCUACCGCGCCGGCGCCGGCGGCGAGCUGGACCUGGCGCGCGCGCCCGCGCUGGGCGGCAGCUUCGCGGGGCUGGAGCCCAUGGGGCUCUUCUGGGCCCUGGAGCCCGAGAAGCCUUUUUGGCGGUUCCUGAAGCGGGACGUGCAGACGCCCUUCGCCGUGGAGCUGGAGGUGCUCGACGGCCACGAGCCCGAGGGCGGGCGGCUGCUGGGCCGGACGGUGCACGAGCGCCACUUCCUGGCGCCCGGGGUGCGGCGGGAGCCGGUGCGCGCGGGCCGGGUGCGCGGCGCGCUCUUCCUGCCGCCAGGACCUGGCCCUUUCCCCGGAAUCAUUGAUCUCUUUGGCGUUGGAGGGGGCCUGCUGGAAUAUCGAGCCAGCCUUCUGGCUGGCCAUGGCUUUGCCACAUUGGCUCUAGCUUAUUAUGGCUUUGAAGAUCUCCCCAAGGAAUUUGACAGCAAUAAUACAGACUACUUUGAAGAAGCCCUGUGCUACAUGCUUCAACAUCCCCAGGUAAGAGGCCCAGGCAUUGGCCUUCUGGGCAUUUCUUUAGGGGCUGAUAUCUGUCUCUGUAUGGCCUCAUUUUUGAAGAACAUCUCAGCUACAGUUUCCAUCAAUGGAUCUGGGUUCAGUGGAAGCAAAGCCAUAUGCUACAAGGAUACUUGCAUCCCCCCACUGGGCCAUGACCUGAGGAGAAUCAAGACAGACUUCUCAGGCCUCCUGGACAUUGUGGACAUACGGAACGAUAUUGUGGGAGGGUGUGAGCACCCCAGCAUGAUUCCAAUAGAGAAGGCCCAGGGGCCUAUCCUCUUCAUCGUUGGGCAGGAUGACCGUAACUGGAGGAGUGAGCUAUAUGCCCAAAUAGCCUCGGAACGGUUACAGACCUAUGGGAAGGAAAAACCUCGGAUCAUCGCUUACCCUGGCACGGGGCACUACAUUGAGCCUCCUUACUUUCCCAUGUGCCCAGCUUCCCUGCACAGGUUACUGAACAAGCCUGUGAUUUGGGGUGGGGAGCCCAGAGCUCAUUCCAAGGCCCAGAUAGAUGCUUGGAAGCAAAUUCUGGCCUUUUUCUGCACACAUCUUGGAGGUACCCAGAAGGGAGCUUCCCCCAAAUUGUAAUGCAUUGGUUUGUUGUUGACAUGAGAGAUACAAGCCCAAGACUAGUGUUUAAUAAUUGUUAAGGGAAUAAGUUAUUCCCUAAAGAAUAUCAACUUCAUAUCAUUGGUAUUACUGUAAUAUUUUAGAUAACUUUU